AAUCGCCUCUCUCUCUCAAAGUUGUGAAACCUCAUAAACCCUAGCAAUGUCCGGGGCCUUCUUCUACGACGCCGCUAGCGACGACGAUCUCGACUUCCUCAACCACGAAGAGGAGAGCAGCGACGAAGAUGUAGCAGAAGAGCGUAAAGCUCGAGCAGAAGCUGGUGGAGAAGACGAAGAAGAUAGCGAAGUUGAGGAUGAAGACGACGAUGAAGAAGAGGAAGAUGAGAAAACUACAAAGAAAGGAAGCACCGAUGCUCAAUCUCCUUGGGAUUUCGCGUCGUAUUCAAGCUCCGUCGGGGAAGAACACGCCCGCCGUCACACAACCUCUAUAGAUGAGAAGAUUUCAAAAGCUAUCAAGCAUCGUCCUCUUCCUAUCUCCGCUGAGGAAGUAGAAGAAGAAGAAGAAGAGGAAGAUGAAGAAGAUGUCUCCGAGGCUGAACCUGACAAACAAGAGGAGUAUCUUUCGGAAGACGAAGAGGCAGCUGAUUCGAAAGCAGACAAUGUUGCAGCCAAGCCGUUCUUCUCUACCGUGGAUGGAGUUUCGUUUCAUGCCAACUCUUUCAUGGAGCUCAAUCUCUCUCGUCCGUUGCUUCGAGCUUGUGAAACUCUUGGAUACAAGAAACCUACCCCGAUUCAGGCAGCGUGUAUACCUUUAGCACUUACAGGGCGUGAUCUUUGCGCCAGUGCAAUCACUGGAUCAGGGAAGACUGCUGCGUUCGCUUUACCUACUCUUGAGAGGUUGCUGUUUCGUCCUAAGCGGGUCUUUGCUACUAGGGUUCUUAUUCUCACUCCAACCAGGGAGCUGGCUGUCCAGAUUCACAGUAUGAUUCAGAAGCUUGCACAGUUUACUGAUAUCAAAUGUGGAUUGAUUGUAGGAGGGCUUUCUGUGAGGGAGCAAGAGGUUGUUUUGAGGUCUAUGCCAGAUAUUGUUGUCGCUACUCCUGGACGUAUGAUAGAUCAUUUGCGUAAUUCGAUGUCUGUCGAUUUGGAUGAUCUCGCGGUUUUGAUUCUCGAUGAAGCAGAUCGUCUUCUACAGACUGGGUUUGCCACUGAAAUACAAGAGCUGGUUCGCUUAUGUCCCAAGAGAAGGCAAACAAUGCUCUUCUCAGCCACAAUGACUGAAGAAGUUAAAGAGCUUGUCAAACUUUCCUUGAACAAACCGCUGCGUCUCUCAGCUGAUCCAUCGGCUAGAAGGCCUCCAGGCCUUACUGAAGAGGUGGUAAGAAUACGCAGGACGCGUGAGGCAAAUCAGGAAGCUGUUCUUCUUUCAUUAUGCACAAGAACUUUUAAAUCAAAAGUCAUCAUCUUUAGUGGAACAAAACAGGCUGCACAUAGACUGAAAAUUUUGUUCGGACUAGCUGGCCUCAAAGCAGCUGAGCUCCAUGGAAACCUAACUCAAGCACAACGUCUUGAUUCUCUGGAACUUUUCAGGAAGCAAGAGGUUGAUUUUCUCAUUGCUACUGAUGUGGCUGCUCGAGGGCUUGAUAUUAUUGGUGUCCAAACUGUUAUAAAUUAUGCCUGUCCUCGGGAAAUAGACAGUUAUGUUCACAGAGUUGGUAGAACAGCUAGGGCUGGAAGAGAAGGUUAUGCUGUAACCUUUGUGACUGACAAUGACCGAUCCCUUUUGAAAGUCAUUGCCAAGAAGGUGGGUUCAAAGUUGAAAAGCAGAAUCAUCCCAGAGCAGUCAAUCGUUAAGUGGUCUCAGAUAAUCGAUGAAAUGGAAGAUCAAUACUCUGCUGUUAUUCGACUAGAGAGGGAAGAGCGAGCUCUAAGGAAAGCUGAAAUGGAAUUUGCAAAGGCGGAGAACAUGAUUGAACACAGAGAUGAAAUAUUCGCACGCCCAAAAAGGACUUGGUUCAUGACAGAGAAGGAGAAGAAGCUCGUGGCCAAAACUGAAAAGGAUUCUGCUGGAAACCCUUCUGGAAACGAACUAAUUAGUGCUGAUAUAGCAGAGGAUCUCAAGAUGAAGGAGAAGAGAAAACGCGAACGCGAGAAGAAUCUUCCAAGGAAAAAACGUAGAAAGCUUGAAGCUGCCAGAGAGAUGCUAGAGGAUAACGAAGAAGAAGACGAAGAGGAAGAAGAAGGAGACGAUGAAAAACGAGGAAGAUCAAGAGGGAAAGACAAGAAGAAGAAGAACGAACCAGAGAAGAAAGGAUUGACACUUGUGGAUCUUGGUUACAGACGAGCAAAGGCGGUAAAAGCAAAACAGAGAGCAAUUGAUUCGGGUAAGAUGGAUAGACCAACGCCGAACAAGAAACAAAACCUAAACCGGACUAAACCAAAAACGCAGCCUCGAAAUGAAGAGAUGAAAGAUCUGUUCAAGAGUGAUAUGAGCGACAAAAAACAAGGCAGAGGCGGAGCUGCGGCUUCAGCGAAACCUCGCGGGAAGUCUAAGAACUCUUUCAAGAGCAAAGGCCGAUAUAAGCGUAGGUAGAAAAGUGACGAGCUUUUAUUGAAGAUAUCGAAGGGCAAUCCACCAGAACGAAAAAAUACAUUUUUGGCUAAGGGUUUAAACAAUUUCAUUAUUAUUGUAAUAUGAUCAGACACGAGAGGUUGAAUGUUUUCUAAAUUUUGGUUUUCCCAAUGGUUUUAUAAUCUUUCAUGAAGCGUAUUAGAACUUGGGUUUGGUUACACGUCUGAACCUGCAUGUGAUGAUUAUGUUUCCA